AUGACUGCUCAUCCUGUUAAAUUCGAUAAAAACACUGUCAUCACCGUCUUCGGGGCUUCUGGUGAUUUGGCUAAAAAGAAAACUUUCCCUGCUUUGUUUGGUCUUUAUAGAGAGGGUUAUCUAGACCCAUCUACUAAAAUCAUAGGUUAUGCUAGAUCUAAAUUAACUUGUGAUGAUUUGAAAAAUAGAAUCAAACCAUUUUUAAAAACACCAAAUGGAGAUAAGGAUACCCCAAAAGUUCAGGAUUUCCUCAAUAUGCUAUCUUACAUAUCCGGUCCUUAUGACACCGAUGAAGGUUAUCUGGAACUAAAAUCCCAUAUCGAGACCUUCGAAACCAAGGCUGGUGUCCACGAACCACACCGUCUUUUCUAUUUUGCUCUACCACCAAGCGUCUUCUUAUCUGUCGCAAAACAAAUUAAAAAGUUGGUUUACGCCACCAACGGUAUCACUAGAGUUAUCGUGGAAAAACCACUCGGCCACGACUUAAAGUCCUCCAGACAAUUACAAAAGGAUCUGUCCCCACUAUUCACAGAAGACGAAAUCUUCAGAAUUGACCACUAUCUAGGUAAAGAAAUGGUCAAGAAUCUUUUGCCUUUUAGAUUCGGUAACUUGUCAAUCGGCUCUUCUUGGAAUAAAAACAAUAUCCAAUCCAUCCAAAUAUCUUUUAAGGAACCAUUCGGUACCGAAGGUCGUGGUGGUUACUUCGAUAAUACAGGUAUCAUCAGAGACGUCAUGCAAAACCAUCUUUUACAAAUCCUGACACUCUUAACUAUGGAAAGACCCGUGUCCUUCGACGCAGAGGCUGUACGUGAUGAAAAAGUGAAAGUCUUAAAAUCUAUGGCCCCAAUCGAUGUCAAUAAUAUCAUCAUCGGUCAAUAUGGUAAAUCCGAAGAUGGUACAAAACCAGCUUAUUUAGAUGACGAAACUGUCAGUCCAAACAGUAAAUGCAUAACUUUCGCUGCUUUGACUUUCAAUAUCCAAAAUGAACGCUGGGAUGGCGUCCCAAUUAUAAUGAGGGCAGGUAAAGCCUUGAAUGACGGUAAAGUCGAAAUUAGAGUCCAAUACAAGAGCGUUGCCACCGGUGCAUUCAACAAUAUUCCAAAUAAUGAGCUAGUCAUUAGAGUUCAACCAAACGAAGCUGUCUACUUUAAAUUUAACGCCAAGGUCCCAGGUUUAUCCAAUGAAACUCAAGUCACCGAAUUAGACCUAACUUAUGCAACAAGAUUCAAGAAUUUCUGGAUCCCAGAGGCUUAUGAAGCCUUGAUUAGAGACGCUUUGCUAGGUGAUCACUCCAACUUCGUAAGAGACGAUGAAUUAGACGUCUCUUGGGCUCUUUUCACUCCAUUAUUGGAAUAUUUGGAAGGUCCAGAUGCACCACAACCGGAAAUCUAUCCAUACGGUUCUAGAGGUCCAAAGGAUUUAAGUGAUUAUUUAAGGAAAAACCAUUUUGAAGUUACUAAAUCUGGCUACACUUGGCCAGUCACUUCUCCUGAUUCCAAUUAA